AAAAUGAGCCGAGUUUGAUGCGUACACACGUUUGCUGGAGAUGUAAACUGUGACAAAGAGGUACUUCACUACACGAGAGGGACGGUCUUACGGCAAUGAGGACCCCUCCCCCUCUUCCAAGAAUGCUAGUCUGAGAAGAGCGAUCCGUUCUAUAAAUUUGGAAAUUUGCAGCAAACUCGGCGCUUUUGAUGCCAGCAUGCAACCAGGUUUCAGAAAAAACAAUCACAUCGUACUCACAUUCAGCCAGGGCGACGAACAAGUCUCUAGUUUUUGUGCGCAAGCCUCGAACAUUUUGAUAAUAAAUCGUCAAUUCUUGCUUGCGAUUUGUGCUCACGGACGAUUUGCGCUGCUUACUAGGGAGCGUCGAGAGAGCGACGUCGGUUUGGGACGAUAAGCAAACAAUAUCGGAAUGUUUUGCUUCACUCGCGUCGAUGUUGAUAAGAGCGUCGUCGAGGGCCGACGUCCUAUUUACAAGUUGUGUUCUGGAUAAGUUCGGUGCGAAGGAUUGUGCAAAUCCGGAUUGCUCCACAGGAAAAGGUGAGCUAUAUUGUUGCUAUGCGUUUUGAGGUAAAGCAACGGCUUUCGUUUUUUCGUAGGGAGAUAUGACGAUACCAGCUGGCCAAAAACCUUUUGCGGUUACGGCGGACUCGGGAAUAUUUUUGGAAACGAUGAACUUGACCACGUCGUUGCAUGAUGUAGUCGGUGUAAAGUUUCGAGCACAAAAUGUUGCCAGGAUGAAAAGGGCACUGACGAUGGGUAACUCGGUGGAAAGAACUGAGUCGGAGGCUGCAUAAACCAACAAUUUGGCGAGAAACUGGUCGGUGGAACGCUGUAUGGUGGCCACAUCGGCGGAUAGUAAAUGGCGCGUGAUUUUGAGCAGCAUCAAGUUGGUUGGAAGGAGCAUCUCUAGUCAGAUCGACAAAGUUAGCCGAAACAGGAGCAGUUAUUACAUGGUUCUGUUGCGGGUCAGGCUCGCGGAAUUAGGCUUCUUGGGCAGAGGCAGUGUACUUGAAGCAGGCCUGAACGAAGUAGAAGCGGCGGCAGUGCGCUUAUUCUGCGAGACGUUCACUGAGUUGGCUUUACGUUUGCGAGAGGUAGGACAACCUUCAUCAUCCAGAUUGUUGACUCGAAGCAGUCGAUCCAUGGAUGCAUCUAGGGACUCACGAACCCUCUCGUGAAUGUCAGAAAAAGGAUCUUCAGGGCGCGACGGUAGUGACGAGCGUGCUGACAUCAACUCAACAUUGAUAGCAUUUGUGGAGGCGUUGACUGCGGCGAGCUCAGUAAUCAUUUUGGAGUUGGUGUCGAGUUUCAUUGCAAGGACAUCGAAGAAUUCAUCUGAAUGUUGCAACCUACAAUCAGAACACAGCCAUAAUAUUCCGUCGUUUUCCUGGUGAGCCUUGAGUUGAGGUUCCGAGACACGAGCGCAUGAGAUGUGAAAUGUUUUCCUACAUUUCCCGUUGCAUUUAAUGACCCGUGCGUUUUUCUCAGGAUCGGAACAAUUUAUGAAUUCGCAAACAGACAUUGUUGUCUAUGUUAACGAGUGAUUUGAGGUUAUAUGAUAAGCACCGCAAAAUAAAAACAAAU